CCAUUGGGAAUGUGAGUGCUCCCGCCUUGGGGGCUGGCUUCUCUGAGUCCCGGGAGAGACUGGAGGAGCUCCCAGCCAUGGAAACCCCUGGGGAACCAAGAACAGGCCCCCUCGGAGCCCCCUACCCAGCCAGCUUCGCUUCUGGGCACCUGGAGAGAGAAAAGUUAGUGAAGUUGGAAGGGCAGCCCCGGUGGGGUGGGGUGGAAGGUGGGGAACCCGAGCUGGGUCUGUCCCAGGGCCAAGGAGGGGGAGACGGUUGGGCAAAUCCCUGCUCAGGUCUGGUGCCCCCACCCCGCACCCCGGCCAGGCCAGCCCAGGACCCGCGGUACGAUGUGCCUGGUGCCGGCGGGGUGCAGGCAGGUGGAUCGCAGCGGCCAGGGCGCACCGUGAGCCUGCGGGAGCGCCUGCUGCUCACCCGGCCCGUGUGGCUGCAGCUGCGGGCCAACGAGGCCGCCGCACUGCACGUGCUGAGGACCGAGCCCCCCGGGACAUUUCUGGUACGGAAGUCUAACAGUCGCCAGUGCCAAGCCCUGUGCGUGCGGCUGCCCGAGGCCAGUGGCCCCUCCUUCGUCUCCAGCCACUGUAUCCAGGAGACCGCACGGGGCGUCUCCCUGGAGGGCUCAGACCUUGUGUUCCUAGACCUGGUUCAGCUGAUCUGUGCCUACUGCCACACCCGGGACAUUCUUCUCCUCCCGCUUCAGCUCCCCAGAGCCAUCCGCCAGGCAGCCACCCACAAGGAGCUGGAAGCCAUCUCCCAUCUGGGCAUGGAGUUCUGGAGCUCCUCCCUCAACACCAAGGCUCAGCUAGGCCCAUCGGAAGGCCCCCCACUGCCCCGGCUGAAGCCCCGGCCCCCACAAGAGCUGGACCAGGGCACCGGAGCUGCCCUGUGUUUCUUCAACCCCCUGUUCCCAGGGGAUCUGGGCCCCACCAAGCGGGAGAUAUUCAAGAGGAGCUUCAAAGUGCGUGUGUCCACGGAGACCUCCAGCCCCCUGUCUCCCCCAGCUGUGCCGCCUCCCCCAGUUCCGGUGUUGCCAGGGACAGCCCCCAACCAGACAGAAAGGUUGCCCCCUCGCCAGCUGCUACGGAGGGAGAGCUCGGUAGGGUACCGUGUGCCAGGGGGCACAAGCCCCAGCCUCCCGCCGCUGCCCUCCCUCCAGGAGGUGGACUGCGCCUCCCCCAGCAGCUCAGAGGAGGAGGGGGUGCCGGGGUCCCAGGGGAGCCCAGCGACCUCACCCCACCUGGGCCACCAGCGGCGGCGGCGACCCCUGCUUCGGUCCAUGAGCGCUGCCUUCUGCUCCCUGCUAGCGCCUGAGCGGCAGGUGGGCCGGGCAGCUGCGGCGCUGACGCAGGACAGACACACGGCCGUGGGACAGCUGGUGCAGGACCUGCUGACCCAGGUGCGUGCCGGCCCCGAACCCCAGGAGCUGCAGGCCGUCCGCGAGGCCCUGAGCCGGGCCCGAGCCAUGCUGAGCGCGGAGCUGAGCCCGGAGAAGCUGCUGCCACCAGACAGGCUGGAACACGUCCUGGAGAAGUCGCUGCACUGCUCAGUGCUCAAGCCGCUGCGGCCCAUCCUGGUGGCCCGCCUGCGGCGCCGGCUUUCAGCCAACAGCUCCCUGGGCCGCCUGGCUGAAGGCCUCCGCCUGGCCCGGGCCCGGGGCGCCAGCGCCUUCGGGUCCCACUUAAGCCUGCCCUCCCCAGUAGAGAUGGAGCAGGUACGUCAGAAGCUGCUACAGCUGCUUCGCGCCUACUCACCCAGCGCCCAGGUCAAGCGGCUCCUGCAGGCCUGCAAGCUGCUCUACACAGCCCUGAGGACCCAGGCGGGGGAGGGCGCGGGGGCCGACGAGUUCCUGCCAUUGCUGAGCCUCGUGCUGGCCCACUGUGACCUUCCUGAGCUGCUGCUGGAGGCCGAGUACAUGUCAGAGCUCCUGGAGCCUGCCCUGCUCACCGGAGAGGGUGGCUACUACCUGACCAGCCUCUCGGCCAGCCUGGCCCUGCUGAGUGGCCUGACCGAGGCCCACACCCUGCCCCUGAGCCCCUCGCAGGAGCUGCAGCGCUCGCUUAGCCUCUGGGAGCAGCGCCGCCUGCCUGCCACCCACUGCUUCCAGCACCUCCUCCGCGUAGCCCAUCAGGACCCCAGUAGUGGCUGUACCUCCAAGACGCUGGCCGUGCCCCCAGGAGCCUCGAUUGCCACGCUGAACAAGCUCUGUGCCACCAAGUUCCGGGUGACCCAGCCUGAUACUUUUAGCCUCUUCCUGUACAAGGGGCAGGACUACCAGCGUCUGCCCCCUGGAGCCCUGGCUCACAGGCUCCCCACCGCCGGCUACCUCGUCUACCGCCGGGCAGAGCAGCCCAAGACCCCAGGGGCCUCACCAGGGGCUGCCACAGGGGAGAGCAGUGGGGGGCCAGAGGCAGGGGACAGGGAGGAGGAGAAAGGGGGCUGGGGAACUGGGGACACCAAGGCCAAAACCAGCCCCAGGGAUGGCAGGGGAGAAUCUGAGACAAUGGCCGAGGGGGCCGAGGGCCAGACCAGGGGCGCUGCUCAGCCAAGGGGGCUGGAGACUGAAGAGAGCCAGGCCACAGAGGAAUAGCUGGGAGUGGGCAGAAGGGCCGCGUGGGGCAGGAAGCUCGGAGCCUGCUGGGACGGCCUUGCAGAGUAUCAGCCUCGCCGGCCCAGGCCACAGCCCCCAGAGCCUCCCUGACUCUGCUCCCUGUCUGCUGCCACCUCUGACCCUCUAGCACACCGAUCACACCUGUUGGCCAUGUCCAGGGCACUUGGGUGAAGUCCAAGGGGUCUGGGGGGCCCAGAUGAAGGUUCUUGGCCUCUCCUCCUGCUCCCCCAGCUGGAGGCCAGGCAGCCCACAGUGAGGAGUGUGUCCAGCAGGGGAGAAAUCCACCAGGGGCCCCAGCUCUGGCGGCAGUGGGGAGGGGUGGGUGGUUCAAGACCUGGAAAGGCCCCACCAAUUUCCAGGUGUCAGGAGGAUUCAGAGAAGCAGCAAGGCCUCAGGCCUCAGUCCUGCCCACACCACCUGCAGAACAAGCACCUCCGAACCUCAGUGUCCUCGCCUAUAAAGUGGGGGUGCUACCGCUGCCCUGUCGUCUUCCAGAAGCCUUCCAUGGCUCAGAAUAGAUGGUUUUGUUGCAGAGCAGAGCACAACUAGGGAAAGGGGAAAGAGGUUGAAUAUUAGCAAAACCCCCAGCUUGCAUAUACACACACCUCUCCGAGGGUCCAUUCUCCACCCUCACCUAAGGGAGAGGUUCUCCAGGCGGCCCUGGGGGACAUCCAGGGGGUCAGGCUCAGCCAAGGGAGCACUCCUGUUCCAGUCUUUCCCCAAGAGAAGAAGUCCUCCCAGGCACGCUGCUGUCCCCGGGGAAGUGGACAGGUGAGACAGCCUUCUGAAAUGGAAUGAGGACUCGGAAACUGUCUCUUCCGCACUGAUGUCUCUUGGACCUCACAAGAGGUUUUCAGGAGACAGGGUCUGAUUUAUUACCCACCGAUGCUGGGGAAAGUGACUCCUAAGACGUCAUACAGCGGACCAUUAGACCAAACCAGGAGUCAGGUUCCAACUAUGCCUUGUAUUCUAAGCCACCAAUAAACUAAUGCUCAGCGAUAAAGAA